GGGAAUGGGAGGCAGGGGACUACAUUACCCACAAUUCUUUAGAGUGUUAUGACUCGAGUUGGCUCAGUACCCCUCCCACCUUUUUUUUUCUAGUGGGAAUUAAAAGAGGAGAAAAAGCAGGACUCCUGUCCUAUAGGGCAUACGUAUGGCCACGUGGGCAUUUUGUUAUGUUUUGAAAAUUGACUAGCUGCCCACAUGUAACAGCAGCCGGAGUAGCAGAUCCAGGAAGUAAUUUUACAACAGAAAUUUUACAACAGUAGUUUUAUGUCUGUGAAAAAGCAACUGGAUUCUAAUGGAAGUUGCUUACCGGAUUUGGGGGUUGGGGGGAAAGGAAAAGAAUAUGACUGACUGCGCCUUGGUAUGAUGGAGGAGAGAGGUUUUUAUAUAGUCAGAGACAUCUGGAAGAGUCCACAGUGGACAAGACCAAACUGAGCUGUGCGAUGUGAGAAGAGAGAGGGAAAGGGGAGAUGAGAGAGGGGGACCAGGUGCAGCAGCCAGGAGGCCCAAAGGGGAUUUGGUUGGAUUAUAUAAGGAAGGGCUGCUGGGUAGAAGGUCAGCCCAGCCCUUGGACUGGAAAAGUUUAGAGUAGGGGGUGGGGUAUGCCAGCAGAAGGGUCCUGAAACUGGUAGGGACUGAAGGAUGCAGGAAGAACUUGGCAGCCAAUGUCAAUUUUGACAUUAAAUAGGCACCUCAGCCAUUUUUCCCACUUUUGAAAUUUACCACAUAGUUAAACUUCAAAGAACAAUCGUGUUCAUUCUUAAUCCCUGUGGCUCAGAGAAGAGCAGACUGAUCAAAAGGAUGGAUUUUACAGAGGCUUACUCAGACACAUGCUCUACAGUUGGACUCGCUGCCAGAGAAGGCAAUGUUAAAAUUCUAAGGAAACUGCUCAAAAAAGGUCGAAGUGUGGAUGUUGCUGAUAACAGGGGAUGGAUGCCAAUUCAUGAAGCAGCUUAUCACAAUGCUGUAGAGUGUUUGCAGAUGCUGAUUCAUACAGAUUCAUCUGAAAACUACAUCAAGACAAAGACUUUUGAGGGCUUCUGUGCAUUACAUCUUGCUGUGAGUCAAGGACAUUGGAAAAUCACACAGAUUCUUUUGGAAGCUGGAGCAGAUCCUAAUGCAACCACUUUAGAAGAAACCACACCAUUGUUUUUAGCUAUUGAAAGUGGACGGAUAGAUGUGGUGAAGCUGUUGCUUCAACAUGGAGCAAAUGUCAAUGGGUCCCAUUCUAUGUGUGGAUGGAAUUCCUUGCACCAGGCUUCUUUCCAGGGAAAUGCUGAGACUAUACAACUGCUUCUUGAACAAGGAGCAGACAGAGAAUGCCAAGACGACUUUGGAAUCACACCGCUGUUUGUGGCUGCUCAGUAUGGGAAGCUAGAGAGCGUGAACAUACUUAUUUCAUCUGGUGCAAAUGUCAAUUGCCAAGCCUUGGAUAAAGCUACUCCUUUGUUUAUUGCUGCACAAGAGGGUCAUACAAAAUGUGUGGAACUUUUGCUGUCCAAUGGGGCGGAUCCUGAUCUUUACUGUAAUGAAGACAAUUGGCAAUUACCCAUUCAUGCUGCUGCACAAAUGGGCCAUACAAAGACCUUGGACUUGUUAAUACCACUUACUAACCGGACUUGUGACACUGGAGCAGACAAAGUGAGCCCUGUUUACUCUGCAGUGUUUGGAGGACAAGAAGAGUGCCUGGAAAUGUUACUGCAGAAUGGCUAUAGCCCAGAUGCACAAAUGUGCUUGGUAUUCGGAUUCAGUUCCCCUCUGUGCAUGGCUUUACAAAAGGACUGUGAGUUUUCUGGAAUUGUGAAUAUUCUUUUGAAGUAUGGAGCCCAGUUAAAUGAACUUCACUUGGCACACUGCCUCAAGUAUGAGAAGUUUUCAAUGUUUUGCUGUUUUUUGAAGAAAGGCUGCCUGAUGGUACCUUGGAAUCAUACAUCUGAAUUUGUAAGUUAUGCAGUUAAAGCACAAACAAAAUAUAAGGCAUGGUUGCCACAUCUUCUGCUUGCUGGAUUUGACCCAUUGAUUCUGCUGAGCAGCAAGUCCUGGGUUGAUUCAGUCAGUGAUGACGUCCUUAUCUUUACUUUGGAAUUUUCUAAUUGGAAGAGACUUCCUUCAGCCGUUGAGAAGAUACUCUCUGAUCGUGCAAACUCCUCUUGGGCUCUUCAGCAACAUCUGGCCUCUGUUCCAAGCCUAACCCAUCUUUGUCGUUUGGAAAUUCGGGCCAAUCUAAAAGCAGAGCACCUUCAUUCUGACGUUUUCAUCCAUCAGCUGCCACUUCCCAGAAGUCUGCAGGGCUAUUUGCUCUAUGAGGAGGUUUUGAGAAUGAAUGAGAUUCUAGAGCCAGCUUCUAAUCAUAAUGGAGAAAUCAGCGAGACCACCUGACACAGGACUUUGAAUUCUAUUUAGUCACAAAAGAUGGCUUGUGUGAUUGUUUGGAUUUUGGGAUUAAAGGAAAUGUCAAUGUUUACAGCUGUUUUUUCCAUUUUGCCUCUUUCCCAAUAUUGUGAACCUUAUUCGUCUUGCCUUACUCAGUUUUAUUUCCAGUGCACUUUGUUAUAAACUGUUUGUUUACUUGACCAUUUUCUACUUUAUUCUGCUAAUAAACUAUGAUACUGUG